CCUGUGGAAGGACAACAGCUGAUUGACUGCUGAGCGUUGAGGAUGUGAAAUUCUGGAGGAUGUUCACACGCCAGGGAGGCACCCAGACAGCCCACAGCAGCACUGCGGCUUCCACAGGGACCACCGGUGCCCAUGUACCCACAGGGCAGCUCAUGGCCAGCCAGCAGCAGCCCCACCGAUGUGCCCUUCAACACCAGCCAAGUGAUGGGCAGCACAGAUGGGAUCUACAUUGGUGCUGAGUGCCUGGUGGCUCUGCUUGCAGCCCUGGGGAACAUCCCAGUGGUCUGGGCAGUGAAGCUGAACGCAGCCUUCCACAACACCACCAUGUACUUCAUUGCCUCCCUGGCGCUGGCUGAUAUCGCGGUGGGGGUUUUUGUCAUCCCGCUGGCUGUGUUGGUCAGCCUGCAGGUCAGCAUCCCGUUCCAUUUCUGCCUUUUCCUCUGCUGCCUCAUGGUGGUCUUCACCCAAGCCUCCAUCCUUUCCUUGCUGGCCAUCGCCAUCGACCGCUACCUGCGUGUGAAGAUGCCCAUCAGAUAUAAAAUCAUCUCUACAGAGAGAAGGAUUUGGUGGGCGCUGGGGCUGUGCUGGUUUCUGUCCCUGCUGGUGGGAUUAACCCCAAUGUUUGGAUGGAACAAUCAAAGCACCCAUUACCACAUGUGUGAAUUUACCUCCGUGAUAAGGAUGGAUUACAUGGUGUAUUUUUCCUUCUUCACAUGGACUCUCAUCCCUCUGAGCAUCAUGUGUGCUCUCUAUGUCGCAGUAUUUUACAUCAUCAGGACAAAGCUAAGCCAAGGAGCCACCAAUGGGAGAGGGGUGGGAACGUUCUAUGGGAAGGAGUUCAAGAAAGCCAAAUCUCUGGCACUUGUUCUCUUCCUGUUUGCGGUGUCCUGGUUGCCUCUGUCCAUCAUGAACUGCGUUUCCUACUUUUACCCUGGAUCUAAGAUUCCGAAACCUUGGAUCUUCUUGGGAAUCUUGUUAUCUCACGCUAAUUCUGCCAUGAACCCCAUUGUCUACGCUUGCAAGAUAAAGAAGUUCAAAACCACUUACCUUCUCAUUUUAAGGACUUACAUCCUAUGCAGAAAAAAGCCCAAAGCCAGAUGCAGUUCUCACAGAUUAAACACACCAGCUGCCAUAGACAUCGAAUGAACGUUGACCCACCAGCAUGUACCAGAGCACUGAUAAAAUGCUUUAAGGGAAAAACCAGUCCAGUUCCAGCUGCUGUCUGACACAAACUGUGUGAUGAUAAGGGUGAGCUCCUCGCAUACUGUCUGAUUCUCAUUUCACAUUAAGCCCAAAAAGUUAAUUUCUCAACUUCUACGUUAUUAUACCCCAGUAAAUCUGGCUUGGUUGUUGCUGUACCAAGCCCAGAUCUUCUCAGGUAAGCACCUGCCUUUAGGAGCACCUUCUGGUUCUUGUUUACUGAUCUGAGCGUUGCUUGGUAGACUGUGACCCAAAGUACUGUUACAGAGAUGGACUUUUUACUUCCAGCUCUGAUCCACAGGAAGUAAGAAAUAAUGCAACAGUUCUUGCUAGUUUCUAGCUUCAACUCAAGCCUGACAAGUCUUUUGGCCAGCAUUUUGCUUUCUCUUUACUUGCACACAACAACACCUGCACCGAUGUUUCGCUCCAGCAGCACAAGUGCAGUUAUAGCAUCACAUGAGACCUCCAUCUUCAAAUGAAAGACUGCACCAGGAGCUGCCUCCAUCCCAUGGGGGUGCACAUACAUGUCUUACACCUGCAUGUCUGUAUUAUAUAAGUUUCAAAAUACAGAAAAGAGUUAAGAUUAACUUUGUCCUUCCCCCCCCUCCUCCAUAAGGAUUGUCUGCGUACACUUAAAUACAGGAUAAAUGCUUGCAAUGCAGGAUGCCCUCACUGCCUCCUCUUGCACCCACCAUCAGUCAGUCAGUGCUGCUACAUUUUCAUGAAGGAUAAUAAAUAUUAAAUGGACUUUAUGCAAAGUCAAAGUGUUACAAUAAAUCCCUGCUUUGUUUUAGCAGGAGUCCCAACAGCUCAGAAGCUGCAGAGUAGAUGCUAUAGCACAGUUUGGUUUCAGGGAACACGGCUUAAGCUGAACAGAGGCAAUUCAAGGCAAGGCUCUUUUUUCUUCAUCUUUGCAUAGUAAAAGUGGUCUGGGAAAACAAUCAAAGGGGAGUUCAUCCUUCUGUUAUGUAGCUCUAUAAACUACAUAAAAGCCAGUGCCUGCUCCUUUAACAACGAUCAGAGACCUUAGUUCAUUAUCUGAUGUAAUCCUUGCUGCUGCCCAAACCCACCCUGUUACGUGGUCCCACCCUUAAUGAAGCAGCUGGGCAAAGGAAGUCACUGAAUGAGUACAUCACAACUUGGAGAUGCGAUCGCUGCCGGUAGAUGGAACCGAUUCCUUCCAGCAGCAGCUGCUCGGUGCUGCCCCGCAGUGGUUCAUCAUAAUAUAGUUCAGCAAUUUAACCAAAGCAUCGGGCGCUCUUAUCAAAAACGCUGCAGCCAGAGACUGAACAGGGAAAUAAGGGCACAGAUGUGAACAGGUGCAGAGAAACACUUCUGUUUCUCAGUUCUCUUCAGCAGUUCCAAGCAAUGGCAGAAACCCACACGGAAACUGUGCAACAGGUUGUCACCAGGAUUGCUCUACGGAUGAGGGAAGGCGGUAGAGAAAGCAACUUGUCCUCAGUGUUGGCAAGAGUUGUAGAACAGGAGAUGCUGUUUUCUCCUCCCAGCUAUGACUUCUGCUGAUGUUAUGUACUGCAGCCACUACAGUCCUCCGUGCAACAAUCCCAUGGCAUCCAACAUGCAGAAAGUGCAGGUGCUCUCAUGGCAAAGUUCCACUGUCAAACAGGUGCUGCUUUCGGUCGGGGCUUGAUGACCACAGAGGCGUAAGAGACCUCAUUCUGGGAUAUGAAAGAGGUUAAAACCAUCAGAGAAAGUGCAAAUGUAACAUCUCGGGACAAAUUUCCUGCUCUGAGUUUGACCUCAAUGCUACAGAACCUGAGCAGCCCCAGGAAUUAUAGCUUUGACUUUUACCUGGGUGUUUUCAGCAGAUUCCUCACACGGUGCCUUGGAAGGAACCUGUUCUUGUAGAUUUUGCUGGGAUCUCUUAUACCCUAGAAGGGAGGAGAGCAGAGUGAGAUUAGCCAGGUGGUGCAGUUGUUCUUAGUCCAUACAGCACUUCUUGAUGGCUAUUUAAAGGUAACAGAACAAAACUCACAACAAGGAUGCUUUAUUACAGAACUAGGGAGCAAUGAGGACCCAGUGGGUCGGUUGGUUGGUCUGCCCUGUGUGCAUGACAAUUUAUUCCUCUCACCCUUAACCGCAAGGCACACAGUUAUGCUCCCUUGUCAUUUGUGCCACAGAAAGAGGAAUUGGCUGUGAUACUCUGCCAGCCAAUUGUGCAGUUCCCUCUCAGCUGACAGCUGGGCAAUCCAACCCGAAAUCUGUUGCAAUCUUUACUGCAAACCAAAUGAUUUGAAAACCCAAGAACCACGCUGCUGGCAUUUCCCUGACUGUGCCACUUACUUUUUCUGAUGAGGUAGAUGACUGCAACCACCAGAAGAGUUGACAGGAUGCCAGAGAUAAAGGCUAGUGCUAAGUAGAAUAUUUCAGGGCUGUUGAUGCACAGGAAACAGAGUCAGAAUCACAUUCUUACAGAAAUAUCAAAGAAUUAAUAGCUUUCAAAUUCAACCAAGCUUACUAAACAUCCAAUUACCAAGCCCCAUGAUAUCACAAGAUAUCUGCAUUAAGUAUUAAUAAGUACAUAGAGCACAGACUAGAAAAUUCUAAGCAACCUUGUACAAAAAUGGGGCAUAAACUGCAUUAUUGUGCAAUUUCUCCCCUGCAGAAGGGGCUUGUAGUUUCAAAGUGUUAAAAGUAAAGAAAUAAAGGUGUAGCAUUUACUUAUCAAACAAGGAUUCGCCUUCUGAACCUGGCAGGGCUGCAGUAGGUGUCUGUACAGUUGUUUGUACAGUGACAGUAGUGGAAAUGGGCGCUGGUGUAACUAAAAAUGAACAGAAAGAGUUUAAAUGUGUUAAUAUUUCCAGUACUAUUACAAGCAGCAAGCAAACAACAAACAAGUGCGAACCUAUUCAAGAAUGACUGCAAGAAAUGUUGCAAGUGUAACAGAAGGCAGAAAAAUGCCCCUUAUCCUCACUUCCACUGCUCCCCAGCAGCCUUUGGGGGUUGUGCAGUAACUUCCCAAGCACAUUUAUCCACAAAGCUACCCCCACAACCACCUUUCUGAGCCAGGAAAGUGGUGAUGUAGCCAAGAUCAACGGAUCUAAUUGAACUCCUUAAAUAAAUAAUAAUAAAAUGAAAUACCUGGUUUUGAGUAGCUACGUCCCAUUCUCUCCAAACACCGGUUAGCAGCAAGAAAUCCUAAAGGUAAGGGAAAGCUGUAUUCACACAUACAGACACGACACAAAGCUAGCGUCCUCAUUCACGUCUCAGACUUGAUUUAACUUUUAUCAGGGUUUUAGGCACCUUACACAAACUUGAACAAAACCACAGCAGGAAAUCUGGCAAUUACAGAACACUUCUCAACAUCUCACUCCUGCACCCAAGUGCACGCAAACCCAGUAGCCUUUGAUAUGUACAACUGCUCCUCUCAAAAUGAUGGGAUAUAUUUAAUAUCAGAAUAAAAAAUAUCCCCAGUGUUACUUAGCUGGAAUAGAGGGAUCUUUAUGAGAAUUUCCAUGAUCAGAAGCAUGGAUAGGAAAAACCAAAAGGGUCUUAAGCCACAUUCAGAAGAAGAUAAGAAUUAAAACGUUAUUCUCAAAUGUAGGUGCAAGCCUGAAGGUAGGGAAAUACAGGUUUACUAGGAAAUUCUCACCCUGAUCUCUCUCAUUACCUGGUUUUCAAACUACACAUUGCAAAGAACAUCCAACCCACCCUCACAACAUGAAAACAAACUGCUCCCACUGUUGCUUCCACCUUUUUCUCCUGCAUAUCCCGACAGCUAGAUCUCAAAGUACAUUGCACUUCCAAUAUGAGAAGUAAAGCUGAUAAGUGAUACAGCUUCAUCUUACCUCACGCUGUACAAUAGCCGCCCGCUUGCUGGUAGAAAACUUCCGUAGGGUUAUAGCAGUGCUUGCACAGCACUACGUGCUGCCUUUAUGAGCAGAACAUGUCCAGCUUGUGAAAGCUUAAAUUCAAACGAGAAAUCAAUGUGGAAGUUGAGUAACUUCACUUUUUUUUUUUUUUUUU